CCCGCGGCAGCAGCGGACCCCAGACGCCGCCGCGGCCAGCACCUGACGUCCGCACCUCCGCCUCCCGCGGCUGACGCGACCCCCUCGCCUCCGCGGACCGCCCCUGCCCUGCCCCUCCCGGCGGACGGCCGCGGGAGAGGCGCGUGGACGCCGAAGGCCGCCGCGGCCUCUACGGGGCCGCUCCCGGGGCCGCGGGGACGGACGGAGGAGACGGGACAGGCGCGAGGGAGGCCGCGCACUUCCCGCACCGAGCCCGGGGGGGCGGGAGCGGAGUGGGGGCCCAGGCGAGACCUCGGAUUGUCAUCGGCGGCGGGGAGGAGGCGGGACCGGGCCGCCCCGGCAGCCCGUAACGUUAUGCCUGUACUCCCGCCCUUCUGCGGGGCAACCGGCCGGGUGUUUUGCAGGCCCAGCCUGUCGGGGAGGAGUCCUCGAGGUCGCGUUGCUGAGCUCCCCAGCCGCGGAAAGGCCGCGAGGUGCCCCGCGCGAGGGGUGGAGGAGGGAGAAGGCAGGAAGGGCAACAGCCGCCUCGCUUUGAGCGUAUGGAAGGACUACAGGAUACUUUGUACACAGAAAAACCAACAAAGUGGAGUCAACCACAUGCAGCAGCUUCAUGGGCUUGAAGGAUCACUUGAAGCAUGACCUUGGGCACCUCUAUGAGGAUACGUCAGAGACUCAAAUAAGUGCAAUAGCACCUUGGUCAAUAAUAGAAAAACCAACUAUGGAUAAAAUUAAUUCUAGGAAGGAGGAUCCUAAGAAGGAACUGUCUGAAGAAACUGGAAGCUUCAGUUGCGAUUCUGAGGAAAGUACAAAUUCUGAUAAUGAAUUGGGAAAAGCAACUAAAAUUAGAACAGAACCAUGCUCCUUAUCUAAGGACCACAGACAGACGUAUCCAUGUUUAGAACCACAUAUAUUAAAGCGCAAUGAAAUUUUACAAGACUUUAAGUUAGAGGAAGUUCAGAUAGUAUCUAAAGAAAUUAAAAAACCUCCUGAUAUGGUGAAAGAAUAUCAAACCAAACUUGACUUUGCACUUAAGUUAGGUUACUCUGAAGAACAAGUUCAACUUGUGCUGAAUAAACUUGGUACUGAUGCUUUAAUCAAUGAUAUAUUAGGGGAACUUGUCAAACUUGGAAAUAAAACUGAGGCAGAUCAGAGCGUAAGUUCUGUUAACACUAGUGUAAUGCGAGAAGCAUCUUCAGUUGAUUCUCAGAGAUCUGACUCUCCCCUUCAGGAGGAUGUGCUUGUGGAUGGUGAUAACCUGAGACCAAUAGUUAUUGAUGGCAGCAAUGUGGCAAUGAGCCAUGGAAACAAAGAAGUAUUCUCUUGUCGUGGGAUAAAACUGGCCGUGGACUGGUUUUUGGAAAGAGGACACAAAGAUGUUACAGUGUUUGUUCCGGCGUGGAGAAAAGAACAGUCUCGACCAGAUGCCCUCAUUACAGAUCAAGAAAUCUUGCGUAAAUUAGAAAAAGAGAAAAUACUGGUGUUCACCCCAUCACGUCGAGUUCAAGGGAGAAGAGUGGUAUGCUAUGACGACAGGUUCAUAGUAAAGUUGGCUUUUGAGUCAGAUGGUAUAAUUGUGUCUAAUGAUAACUACAGGGAUCUAGCUAAUGAAAAGCCAGAAUGGAAGAAAUUUAUUGAUGAACGGCUCCUGAUGUAUUCAUUCGUCAAUGACAAGUACGUUAUAAUCUUUAUUUAUGUUUAGAAGAUGACUGUCAACAAGAUUUGGGACAUAUAGAUUUUGUCAAGUACUCCAGUCUUGCAUAGGGUCAUUGCUCCUCUGUACUUCUCUGACAGCCAACUCUUUCUAUCUCGGGACAGAGUAAUUUUAAAAUGAAAUCCAUGUCCUAAGUAACUCCAUGUAGUUCUAGUUAUAAUUUUUCUUUGCCUGAUCUGAGACAGUUUGAUUCUAUGCUAUUGCAGUGGAAAUCAAUUUCUCAUGGCACUUGAGUUGAAACAACUUCCCCAGAAAUCUCCAGAAAUAACUAAAAUAAAGCGUAAGGUCAGUGCCUUGGAGGAUAAAUACUCCAGUCUACAAAUCCUGUUGUUUCUGUUCUGUUGGGAGACUAGGCA